AGGUAAACGAUGUAAGGUGAUGUUGAUGUUAAAUAUUUAUUAAAUUUAUUGAAUUUUGAUCUAAUUUUUCGCAAUGAAAAAAUUGUAAAUGUGAAGCGUUUGUACAUUUCAGUAGAAUUUAGUUUAUUUUUCAAAUUAUUGUAAAAAAAUGUCUACUCUGGAAAAUUCCAAAUAUGAAGAAUUGUGCAGGCUUUGUGCAACGAAAACGGAAAUGUUUUUAGCUAUUAAUAUAUUCGAAGAUGAAGGGACAAUUCGUCAGAUAAACAAAAAAAUUGAUUCUUGUCUUCCUGUGCAGGUACAUGAAACAGACGAGCUUCCUAAGAUGAUAUGUGAAACCUGUUUAUAUAAAUUAGAACUAUUUAGUGAUUUUAGGGAACGUUCUGUGCGUACAGAAAAAUUAUUAAUAGAACUAUAUAAACAACUUUCGGAUUGUAUACAAAACGGUCAACAACCAUGUCUAGUUCCUAUCAACGGUAAUGAAAUAAUUAUGGUUCCUCAACACCUACUCAAUAAUCAAAGUGUUUCCGAUAUUGAGCUAUCUUCAUUGUCACAAAGUGCUCAAGAAAUAAUUUUAGCUCCCGAUAUUCAUUCACAAUCUUUGGAGAGCAUUGUAACCAGUAGUUUAAGUAAUCCGGAUUUUUCCAAUCAAACUUUUAGCACACAAGAAUCGGUUGUGGUGGAUUCGAAUUCUGGGUCUAAAUUUGAUGAGAAUUUGACAUUGAUUCAACAGCAUCAGUUGCUUACUGACCAGUUUCGGUUGCAGCAAGAUUUGCAACUUGAAGGAGCUUCAAUUCCAAUGCUUAAUGAUUUCAAAGACACGUCCAAUCACAGCAACCACAGAUUCGAUCUCCAAGUAAAACUGGCGGAACACAACAUUUGCAGGCUGGAUUUCGAAGACAACAAACUGCUCUCUCUAAAUCAAGUGUCCGACAAAACGAAUUUAGACACUCUAGACACCUACAGACAGGACGACAGCAGCAGUAACAGCAACAGCAUGAACUCCCUACCGCUUGACAGACAUCUGGAAGAAAUCACCCAUGAUACUUCCUUGACUGACGAUAAACAAAUGUUCGAUUUGAAUAGCGCCGGUAGCGACACUUUGUUAGCUUUAAACAGCAACGGAGAGACGUUUUUUUGUAAUAUCUGUGGUAAUCAUUUCGAUCAUAAGGAGGAGUUCGAUAUACACUGUUUGGAACAUUUUCAUAAGUGCGUCGCUUGCAAGUCAAUUUUCAUUAGUCUGGAUAUUCUGACCGCUCACAGGAAGACUUGUUCCGCUAGCCAAAAGCCUUACAAAUCACCUGCGAAGACCACCCCACCUCCAAAAUUAAAACCCGACAACGAAUGGACAAGUGAUGAGAGUGAACUAGAUAACGAAAUAAAGUUGGAAGAUGACGACACAAUGGAGGAAAAUCGACGCCAAACGAGUAAUAGGAAAGAAAUAAAAUUGGAAGACGAUGACGGAAUUGAGGAAGUGGAAAAUCGUGUGCAAACCGAGACUGCUAAAAGUACUGAUAAAAAACCGCAAGGUUCGGGACAGGGAAAAAUGUGUACGGAGUGCGGGAAAAUGUACAAAACGAAUUACAAACUGGCCGAGCAUAUGAGGAAACAUACCGGGGAGAAGCCGUACAAGUGUCGGGCGUGUGAUAAAGCUUUUAGGUCGAAGAUAGGGUUGGCACAACAUGAAGCCAAACAUACUGGACAGUACGAACUUUCUUGUCCGACUUGCGGAAAGGGUUUCCAAUGUAAGAGCUAUUUGAGGGUCCAUCAAAGAGUUCAUUCAAACAUCAAACCUUUUCCAUGUACGACGUGCGGUCAAAAUUUUAAGACGAAACAAUCUCUGUUGGACCACACCAAUAGGCAUUUGGGAUUGAAGCCUUACAUCUGUGAUAUAUGCAACCGAGGAUUCAUAACUAAAGGUCUUUGCAGGGCGCACAAGAGAAUCCAUUCGGGUCUCGAUAAUCGCAAACAUUCGUGCGACGUGUGCGACAAAAUGUUCGUAUCGAAGAGUUAUUUGCAAACGCACCAGCGCAUCCAUACGGGCGAGAAGCCGUUCAUGUGCGAGGUGUGCGGUAAAGGUUUUCUUACCAGGGUCGAUCUCAAGAUCCACUCCACCAUGCACACCGGCGAGAAAUCCUUCGUGUGCGAGAUGUGCGGGAAGGCGUUCGCCAGGAGAGACGCGUUGAGGUGUCACCGGAGGUCGCAUACAGGCGAAAGACCUUACAGUUGUGAUCUCUGCGGUCAAACGUUCACCCAAUUCACGCCUAUGGCGAUUCAUAAACGUCUGCAUACGGGAGAACGGCCGUAUUCCUGCGAGACCUGCGGUAAGGCCUUCGUUUCCAGAUCGACAAUGAUGUCACAUGCCAAAAAGCACGUGUGAUAGUUCCACGAACAUUUAUAAUGGGAUUAACGAAACGAUUCGAAGACAAUUUAAAAAACACGGUUGACUUUUAUUUUAAAUUUAUUAGCAUAUGCAAGAAUUCUGGUAUUUGUACUUUUUAUAUCAUCUUUGACAGGUGUAGACUUGUCAAUUCCAUUUACUUUUUUAUAUUUACUAUGUAGGUAUGUGUCAUUUUAUUUCUUUUUAAAUUCAGGAUUCAGGAUUCAGGUGAUUAUGAAAAUUUGACACAUGCCACUGUGUUUAGUACUAAUUAAUAUUUUUUCAAGGUUAUGUUUAACUUUCAUAGCCAUCUUGGAUUUAAAAAGAGACCGAAUGACAUAUAGGUGGGCUCAUAAAUUAUUUUUGGAUAUAUACAAAACUCAACGAUGUGAAUGAGUAAUGUGAUAAUUUUAUUAUAAGUCUAUACUUUAUGUUUAUAUACUGCUCGUCUUUUGUCUUGUUCUGUAAUCCCUUUAUUGGUUAUUUUGGUGUAUGUAAUGCGAGAUAGGGUUAAUUUAGGUAUUAAGAAAAAUAAUGAAAAAACAAAAAGAAAAUCGUGAUCUUCUCUUGUUAUUAUAUACACUAGGAAUAAAAAUAAUGCAAAGACUGUUAAUUCAAUAGUAAUUUUAAGAUACAAGUCCAUUAAAAAUUGUGUAAUAAAUUAUUAUAAAAU